AUGGAGCUUUACUCGUUAAAGAUGGAAGAAGGUACUGCAAUUCAAGACCAUAUCAAUGCGUUUAAUCAGUUAGUUUGCCAACUUAUGAAUAUUGAUGAAGAGAUUAAAGAAGAAGAGCAUGAGUUGCUCCUAUUGUCUUCCUUGUCAAAGUCGUACAAGUCGUUAGUUCAAUCGAUAAUUGUAGGAAAGCAGACUUUAAAGUUCGACAAUAUGACAGCAAUGCUACGUGAGAAUAAAAGAAUGAUGGGAAAGGAGAGCGCAUCUAAUGGUGGUGAGAGUGCAGUAGCUUUUGAAGGUACUGAUGCGAGUAAUACUUGGGUGUUAGAUUCUGCAGCCUCUAUACAUGUUUGCAACAACAAUAAUUAUUUUGAUACAUUAAAGACAGAUGAAGAAUUUGACGAUGUGAUUAUUGGAAACAACGAGAAGAUAAAGGUUGAAGGUGUUGAAAGUGUUCGCCUCAAGCUUCACACUGGGAAUGUAGUAAUUCUUCGUCAUGUGAGAUAUGUGCCGUCAUGUGGUGCUAAUUUAAUUUCGUUAGGUGAGAUGGCAUCGUGUGGGUACAAAUAUGUGGGUGAAGGAGAGUGGUGCAAAGUGUAUGAAGAUGGUGAUUUAAUUUUACAAGGGAGGAACAACAACCAUAUUUUCUAUUUAGAUGGACGAUCUAUUAAUGGUGUAGAUGACUCUUCUCAGACUCUUGUCCACAAGGGAGAUGUGAAGAACAAUAAAAAGAGAGUGAGUUUUUUAAAAGCCAUUGAGGCACUUAGAGAUUUUUUGUCGAGGGAGGAUAUGUUGGGUACCAACUCAAAUUCCAAGUCGGACGUGGGUUUAAAUGCUAGGCCAAAUCCUAGUAGUUUUCUUAGAGCCUAA